UCACCCGGACGAGCACCUUUCUCACAACCAAUCACAGUGUCUGGUUUGUGUUACGUCACCGGACGCGGAUGCGCGUGCCCUUGACAGGCAUGUGUGUGAUCCAAGCAGGGAAUAAGUGUGAAACGCUAAUAUAAUCCGUCUGAUAUUCACCUUUGGCUGCUUCUCCUCAGAUGCCAUUACACAAAUACCCACCGCUCCUGUGGGAAGCCUUGAAGUUAAAGAAAGGGAUCUACGCCCGUCUUCCUCAGCAUUACCUGAAAUCCUAUCUGGAUGCAACACCUCCAACUGCUGUGCACUGGAAACCACUGGGGGUGAAAUACAGAGCAAACCCGAAAACAGGUCACAAAGAGCGGGUUCAGGAUGUACCCAUUCCCAUUUAUUACCCCCCAGAGUCGCAAGACGGCCUGUGGGGUGGAGAGGGCUGGAUAUCUGGCUACAGAUACGCCAAUAAUGAUAAGCUCUCUGCAAGAGUGAAGAAGGUCUGGAAGCCUCAGCUCUUUAAGAGGGAGCUGUACAGUGAAAUCUUUGACCAGAAGUUCAACAUCACAGUCACAGCUCGCACGCUGGAUCUUAUCGAUGCCGCUUACGGCUUUGACUUCUACAUUCUAAAGACACCAAAGCAGGACCUGAACUCCAAGUUCGGCAUGGACCUGAAACGCGCCAUGCUCCUGCGGCUAGCACGCAGAGACACGGAGCUCCACCCAGACGAUCCAACUCGCAGGGAGAAGAUCUACAGCAAGUACAAGCAGUUUGAGAUUCCUGUGGAGGAGGCGGAGUGGGUCGGCCUGAGCCUGGAGGAAGCUGUCGAGAAACAGAGACUCCUAGAACACAAGGAUCCUGAACCUCUUUACAAGAGCUAUGUGGAGAACCUGGUGAAAGACCUGUCAAUGCAGAAACUCGCUGAACCCCAGAUUGUGGAAAAGAAGGACUGAUGGCAGCGUCAGGGAUACGAGAACGAAUAAAAAUGUAUUUAUUGGGGGUUUGUUUUGUCUGCUUUUGUACUGAUGGCAUUUAAGAUUUGUCAUUAUCCUGUAAAUAUCGAAUAAAUGACUUCAUCAUCUGAUGUACUUUUGUCAGACAAAAUA